AUGAUGCAGAUCACGACGGAUUUCGUCGUGCUCUCUUCGUCCCCAGAGACCAGUGCCAUCCAUUUUCCGCCGCUGCCGUUAGGAAAUUCGAAGAUAACAUCACUGCGCGACCCGUCCAUGUCCCUGUCACCUUCGCCAGCUGCGUCACCUACGGCCUCGAAGCGCUCCACGUUCUUUAGCACGCCACCUUACAGUCAGUUUAAGACGGCACACAAGACUACGCAGGAUGCAUCCAAGGAGAGGACGACAACGACGAAGACAGACGAAAACUCAGCUUCUUCAGAAAAUGGAUGCAUUCGAAGAGGACAGAAAUCCCAGCCCAUAUCGCAGGUGGAGUUGCAAAAUAUAGGUCAGGAUAACUCGGAAAACAAGGAAAAUGCGCCGACAAAGCCCAAAAGAGCCAGGAAAAAACAAGAAGGAAGUAGGACCGGGACUGAGAAAUUGAAGAACAAAACGAUAUCUGGGAAAGUCACUAAGACCGGCAUGUCGAAGUCAAGAACAUCUGUCAUUAAGCCUGUCAAGAGUAAACAGGGUACAUGCGAACGAAAUACUGGAAAGGACGGCUGUGAGAAAGAUAACCUACAACUGGAGCUGGCUAUGGCGAGGAGACGAGAUUGGACCCCAACGAAAAACGCUGCCAACCCAGUCAUUGAUUUGGAUGAUGAAGAUGACGCCACAAAUAGACCCGACGGUCUUGGCACAUUGCUCUCUGGAUACGAGUAUACUGGUAUGGCUAUUGCCUCGGACAGACAUAAGGUGCUUACGAAUAGUGGGCCGACAAAACGUCGUCGAAUAGAGUUAAUUCUCACUCACCAUAAGCAGCUUGUGGAUUCUAGGGUACUGCCAGCAAAGCCGAAAUCCUUAUCGGAGGAUGACAGUGUACAAAACAGUGAGGGCGAGGCUCCCAUAUGUGCAGUUUCGAAACCCAGCAAGAAACCAAAACCGAAGACUAAACGAUUGACUACUCUGACUGCUCGUGUUACAGCCCCGUACGACUUGUCUGCGAAUAGCUCAGAUUCUACAGUCCAAGAGAUUCUGGGAACCGCAGAGGCCUCAACGGGAGCGAAGCCCAAGAGCCGCAGAACAAAAAGGAAGGCGGAUGAGAGCCCUGAAUACAAAGUACCCAGAACAUUAUUCUCUCCGGAGGAUGCAGUUAAAUCGUUAGACCAGCAGGAAUUGGUAUUUGGGACCUGCAGCCAGCUUCAGCGAGAAGAUUCCCCAGAUAUGCUGCGGGACACACAGAUCGCAGUCCAAGAGUCGGAGAAGGAGUUUACGAGGGGUAUGGGCCGACUUUCACACACUGCUCGUUAUUCAUCCGUCUUAUCGCGAUUAGCAACGCAGAGAAACCUAUGGUCCGCUGCGGCUAGGGAUACAGAAGGGCAGCUAGCUGAUGUUGAAGUUGUGGACCUUGUGGACUCACCUGAAGCGUCGAAAUUUAUAGUUUCGUCCCUCAACAAUGAGAAGGGGACGGAAGACCAUAGCUUUGCUACUUACUCGAGCAGAUCGUCUGAGGUGUUACAGGCAAAGGCUCUGGCUCCAGCUGACGCUCCUAUCGAUGAGGCGUUACCUGCGCUGACAAGUCACACGGUUGAACAGCUAGAGUAUGAGGAGCCGAAAAAUCAGCCGAUAACUCGAUCUAAACCUCCAUUGCCCUAUUAUAAAGGGAAAACAGACCUCCAACUGGCGUCGGAAGUUCGGCGCUAUGGCUUGAAGCCGCCUAAAAACCGUGAGAAAUUGAUCGAGCUUCUUGAAAAGUGCUGGGUAGCUAAACAUGGAUUGGACCUUCAAGAAGCCCGCGAGGAGCUGCAAUCGAAAACAACAGCUGGAAUGACAUUUUCUACAUCUGAACCGAAGAAAGUUGAGCAGGAACCAUAUCCUAAGCAAGCCAAAACAGCUACUCAAAGCAAGAUAACAAAGGCGCGGUCACAAUUUCGACCAAAUGUCCCUGAACUGACAGGAAAGAGUCGUGAGACCAACACAACUACAGCAGUUGUGAAAGAGGACAAACAGAAUAACCCAAAACCGAAACUGAAAGAACGGCAACCUAACCCAAAACGCUCCUUUAUUGACGUCGAGGAAAUUCAGGACUCAGAAGACGAGUUUCUUCCAUCUCCAAGCGCGAUCCUGAAUGAAUUCUUGGUCAGCCCACCUCGGAAAGGGAAGCAAAGUAACAAAGAUACAAAACAGAACCGGCAAGAAUUGCCUACAUCUACCAUCCCCUCAAGCCCGAGUCCAAAAAGUUCGUUGGCGCGUGAUUCUUCUCUGUCUCCAACUCGACAAACCAAGAAAUCAAGAACAAUCCCUCCCGUCUCAGUGAAAAGAGACCUCCUUGAUUUAGGCGAGCAGAUCACAAAAGCUGUCCGUGCCCAGCCACGACGAAAACAGAAUUCAAACCCUGUCACUACCGGAACGCGAAAACGACCUACCUGGCAUGAGAAAAUCCUCAUGUAUGACCCUAUCUAUCUCGAAGAUUUCACUUCCUGGUUGAAUACUGAGGGACUUGCUCUUGUCGAUGAAGACAGGGAGGUCGCCAUCGGCUUUGUCCGGCAAUGGUGUGAGAGUAAAGGGAUCUGUUGCUGUUUUAGGGUCAAGAAGACUUCUGAACGUUUUUAG